AUGGGCCUAAAGGGCGGCAGAAGCUUUUGGGGGCCUGCUACAGCUACCUCUGCUGCACUUAAAGCCGUAGAGCUGAUGGGAGCGGAGGCGUAUGUACUGGUAAAUCAAGAACAGCUUGCGAAGCAGCGAGCCGCCAACCGCAACAUCAGAUCCUUGCUGGGGGCCAGGCGAGGACAAGAUGUGGCCGCCGUCAAGGAGCCUGCGGUUGCCUUGAGUAUUCAAGUUUCAGCCGAACUUGCGGGAGCAGCGGCAGCUGCCGCUGGCUCUGUGAACAAGCGCAGAUCGGAGGCUGCUGGUGCAGCAGAGGCAACAGUGCGAGACGAGAGGGAAGGGCGGCCUGCCCCUCUGCCUGAGUACGCAGCGCUGCCGGAUCUUCCCGAGGAUGAGCCUUCACGCAGCGAUAGGCCCCUGCGACUGUGGCAACAUCAGCAGCACCAGCAACUGCUUUGGCUUCAACAGCGCCGCAUGCAGUUCCACGAACGGGAGCAUAAGCCGCGGCAUCCAGGCUGCAGAUCUAGUGACGGAGGAGGGGACUCGCCAGUACGCCGCCCGCAGCCGGCUACUGCGAAUAUAGAGGAGGCGGAGGCAGCAUUGGGGGGGGCAUCUGCAUCACUCGCGGGGGUGAAAAUCGCCGCAGCAGGAGCAGCGGCAGCUGCAGCGGGUGCAGACUUUUUCGGGAGAUUGCACGCCGAAUGUAUCGCGCUGCUCGGUCUUCUGACGCCUAGCGAAGAAGAAGAAGCGCGCAAACGGGAGGCUGCCGGACGCGUGCGCGCGGCGUGUUCCCUCCUGUUUCAAGGCUGCUCAGUUGAGGUGUUUGGUUCUUCCUUUACCUCCUUAGACCUUCCCGGGAGCGAUCUUGAUCUGUGCGUGUUCGCGCAUACUACCCCUCCUCAGCUGAGUUACUAUGCAUGCAGCCAGUGCCGCUGCUGCAUCAACAGCGGUAGCGGCAGUGCAGAUGGCGGCUCAGGCCGCAGCAUCUCCGAGACUGCUCCCGGGAGCAGUGCGAGGAUUAGCACCCCAUGUAGACGCGAGGCGAGGGGAUCCAUCAGGUGCUGUUGCUUUCGUUCGAGUGUCUACACUCCGAAGAAAAACGGCCUCUGCAGCAGCAAUUGCCGCCAUGGGGGCCCAGAAGGGUUUAAGGAACUGAUGCGGACCGCGGCAGCUGAAACAGGCGACACAGAAAACGCUUACGUUCGUGAACAGCGAAUUAAGAACAUACGGUUGCUCGUAUGGUUUCUCCAUAAGCUGAACAGCGCAUCGGCAGAAGUAGCGCAUGGAGGCACCCGUGGGGGGCAUCUCCCUAGGAAAGGGUUAGGAGCGUUUGCUCUAGGCAUCGAGCCAAUCCUCCAGGCCCGCGUUCCCAUCUGCAAAUUCAGGGAUGCGGCAACAGGCGUUGCGGUGGAUCUCAGCUUUGACCAGCCUUCUGCCCUUCUAACAUCCCUUUAUGUUCGCUACAAGCUCAACGAAUUCGCAAUGCUACGGCCCCUCCUACUCUUAAACAAACUGCUCCUUCGCCACUGGAGGCUUCAUGAGCCAUUCAAAGGCGGUGUCGGCUCGUACCUCCUAUUCGUUAUGUGUCUUCACUUCCUACAGAACAACCCUAACCUCCGAGACACGAAAGGGCACCGCCAUUUGAAUCUGGGCCAUUUGCUGUUUCAAUUUUUACAGUACUUUGGCUGUCAAUUCAACUACGCAAGCAACACCAUCAGUGUUCGUGGCGAUGGCAAGCUGACACGCAAAAGGGAUAUCAUGCAUAAGGGUCAGAACCGGUUGCGGCUUAGUGCGGAGAGUCCCUUGGAUACAUCGAGGGAUAUUGGGUGCAACGCGUAUAAGAUAAUGGAGAUCCGUGGAGCGUGGCGCAAGGCUUAUCUCCGACUGGCUCAGCGACUCGUGUCGGAAGUGCGUCAGGCGGCCUCCAAAAACUGCCAAGAGGCCUCGGCAGAGACUGCUGCAGGUGACAUGCCUCUCCUGUGCUCUGUGUUCGGUACACCUCCAUGGCCUAAAGAGUUGAUGAGUGCGUCUUUCGUCGAGAGCAGCAAUAAGGGUGGCGCUGAGCCGAUCGCCUCUCAAAGGCCAGGGGUAUGGAUAACUGAAGCGGUCAGAACGGAGACCGAAAGAGCAGUGCAGCACCUUCUCGACUCGUCUGAGCGCCUGCGGAGGGCUCUCCGGCUCCGCCUUCAACCGGGAAGAUUCGACGAAAUCGUCGACGACUCGGGAGAGGAUGUGGUUUGCUGCACUCGCACCGGCAGCAGCAAUGCCAGCUGCAACAAGGGGCACACAAUCUUCAGCUCAGAUAGCGAUUCGUCGGGGGAAUUGCAACGGUGGCCCUGGGCACGAAAGCAGCAGCCACAGCAAUCGCGAAGAACGCCUGGAGGUGCUAUUUCCAGUGCUCGCCAAAACCUGACCACGUCACCAAGCAGCAGUCCUCGGAUAACCCCCAUGAGAGCUUUGGCCGUACGUACUACACCCUGUGCUCAAUCUGCAACACGAGCUGCGGGCAAAAGUGAGACUCGCAGCCAACCUCCCAUCAUAAGCGUGCUCGACACCAGUGAUAGCGAUUCGAGUGUCGUAGAACUGCCGCAACACAAGCUACGCGAGGCUAACCAACAAAGGCGGAAGAAGCGCAAACAACGUCAAGCAGAGGAGAGACGGAAACGGCACAAGGCAGAGAAAAUGCACACCCCAAAUACUCACCGUCGGUAG